AUGCAAGAAAAUGGUACUCCACUUCCACCGGAUACACGAUUAAGUUUUGUGAGUUCGUUUGUGCUAAAAACAUUACGGCUAAAACCAGAAAAAUGGAAUCGUGUUAUGGCAACAGAGGAAUACAAAUCCACAGUGAUGGAAUUUUUAACGGGAGAUCAAUUAAAUUUGUUGAUUUUUAUACUAACUCAAGCAGCACAUAUAAUUCCAACAACAUCAUUUCCAUUAGCCCAGUUAAAAACAAAAGGAGUAUAUUUUAUAAAAAAACAACCAGGUCCAGUGCCAAGAACCGAUGCAAAUGGUUAUUUGAUAGUGGGUGAUAUGGCCACCAAACCAAUAGAUCAAUUGGCAGCGAUUGUUGAUGAGAUAUUUGUGCCACUAUUAACAAAUCCUUUAAAUUAUGAACAAUGGCCAGCAAUUAUUUCACAUGAUGUUCAAGCUCAUGUGCAUAGUUUAAAAAGCACGGUGUAUCAAGUUAAAGGGCAAGUUAGUGGGCAAACUGUUUUACCAAUGCCUGUUGGAAUUGAAAAAGUGGAAAGUGUUGCACAAGAAUUGGAAAAGGGCAAUGAAAUUAAUGACUUAUUUUUAAAAAGUUCCAUUGAAGGUGUGAUUAUAAAAUGGGCCCAACAAAUUAAUGAUGUUUUAGUCGAGGAUUCAUCAGAAGCUUGUUUUCCUGAUGGUAAUAAUUUACCAUCUGUUGAAAUUCAAUUUUGGAACAAUAGAUACGCCAAUUUGUACUAUAUAUAUGAGCAGUUUUGUGAAGAGAGAGUUAAAUGUAUGGCAAUUAUACUACAAAGAACGCAUAGCGCAUAUUUUCCUUGCUUUCGUGAAAUGUUUAAAAAUAUUGUUGCUGCCUUGGCCGAAGCAAAAGAUAUAAAAAUAUAUUUACAACCAUUAGUUAAAAUAUUUAAUCAAUUUCAAGAAACAGAUUUUGCUGACAGUGGGCCUGUAUUAAAACCAUUGUUACAUUUAGUUUGUUUAGUAUGGAGUAAUUCAAAAUACUAUUGCCAAUCAACGAAAAUUAUUAUUUUACUAAAACAAAUUUGUAAUUUAGUCAUAUAUCAGGCCACAAGAUAUUUAGAUCCAGCUUCUUUAUUUCAAAGUGAUAUCGAUGAAGCCUUAUUACGAUUGAAAAUCAGUUUGGAUAUGAUUAAUCAGUUUAAAACAAUUUACGCCGGAUGUAAUAAAAAAAUGCCUAGGUUAUUUAAAGAUCGCGAACCAGAGCUAUGGACUUUUGAACCCAUCGCAGUGUUUGUACGUCUUGAUAAAUUUAUAGCACGGUUGAAAACAAUACAAGAAUUUUUUAACACUGUAUUAGAGUUUGCCAAAUUAGAGAAAGUUGAAAUUGGUGGAAUUAAAGGGAGGAUAUUAAGUUGUCGUGUUACAGGCAUUUCAGCAGAUUUUCAAAAUGAAUUUACUGAAUUUAUAAAUAAAUGUACUGGUGUAUUGGAUCCCGAUGAUGAAAAUUUUACUGAUAAUUAUAAUUACUUUUGCGAUCGUGUUAAUGAAGCUGAUUUAAAAUUAGCUGCAAUUUUGUGCGAAGCUUUUGAUGAUUGCAGUAAUUUAGAAAGUUUAUUUAAGUUAAUAGAUAUUGUUAGCUGUGUGCUGGAUCGACCGUUAAUUCGCACAGAAUUCACAGCGAAGUACUCCAAUAUUUUAGUAAAACUGGAAAAUGAAUUAAAAAUCACAGAGAUUUUAUUUAGAGAAGAAAUGGAACGUUUAGAAAAAUUUGGUUACAUUCAAGUUAGUGAUUAUAUGCCCCCAGUUGCUGGUGCCUUACGUUGGGCUUAUCAAAUAUCUCAAAGAAUUACUUUGCCAAUUAACAGCUUUAAAUCAUUACAGCACCCAAUCAACACAACUCCAAAAGCCGGUGAAUUAUUUAAAAGAUAUUUCAGUGAUUGGUGUAAUUCAUUAUCCGAUAAAAUUGAAUGCAAUUUAAAACAACCGAUAUUAGUACGAAAAGGCUCUAAGCAGCAGUUGGCUUUAAAUUUAAAUCCACAAAUUACAGAAAUUUUACGUGAAGUGCGUUACAUAAACUUAGAAAAUCACGGUGAAGUACCUGAAGAAGCUCUAAAAUUAGCUGAAAAAGGUGACACGUUUCGUCGUUAUACAAACAGUCUACAUACAACAAUUGAAUGGUAUAAUCGUAUUCGAAAUACAAGUCGUGAUGUUGAAUUUAACUUAAUCAGCGCUGAAAUUGAAGUAAUUGAUCAAUUAAUAGCAAAAGGUUCGGAGGAAUAUGAUUGGAAUUCCGAUGGUUUAUGGGAAUACAUGACUAAAUUACAUGAUUUAGUUAAAAAUUUACAAGCAUGCAUUAAAGCCACCCAAACUAAUAUAACAGAAAUCAAAAAUAGCAUGUCAGUAUGGCGUAAUAUUCCAUUAUUUGAACGUCAUCAUGGUUCAAAAAAAGAUUCAACAUUAAAUUUAGAUGAUCGAAUUCAACGAGUGAAUAAACGCUACGAUGAAAUAAAACAAGCGGCCACGAUUGUUGAAGAAUUAUUAGAAAAAAAUCGAGUUUUAUUUAAUAUUACUGACAUCGAUAACAAUCAAAAUUGGAAUGAAUAUGUUAAUUUUAUUGAUAAAAUCAUACGUGAUUCUUUGUUUUAUACUAUUGGUUGUAGUCUUGGAUAUUUAUCAGAACAUAUGGAUUGUGAAAAUGAUUUGCCACCUUUAUUUGUCAUACAAAUGGAAUUAAAGGGUACAAAAAUUGCAUUUACACCAUCAUUGACAAGUGAUGAGCCGAAUAAUUUUACGGAGAUUAUUCAAAGUUUGAUUGAGGAUAUUGUUAAUAUGGCAGUGCUAGUUCCUCGUUUAUCAAAAACAAUGGACAUGUCAUAUUUAAAAGAUAUAUCAGAAGCAUUUGAGAUACAUGAAAUGUGGUUAGAUAUUGAACAAAAUGUCCAAGAUGUUAUCAGACAAAUCAAUGAAUAUUGUAAACGUUUUGAAAGUUAUGCAUAUUUAUGGUGUGAAAAUAGGAAAUUGUAUAUGAAAACAUUUUUAACUUAUUCACGUCAAUUAACACAACUGGAACGCGAAUUGGUGCAAGUUGAUGAUUCAAGUGCACCCAAACCUUGUGCACCCAAAUUAGAGCAGUUUCGUGAAGAAAUUGAUACUUUUGAAUCACUUUCGACUGAAAUUGAAGAUUUGGAAUUGGAACAUAUUUUCAAUGUUUGGUUGAAUUUAGAUAUACGACCAUUUAAACAAGCAUUGUUAAGUCUAGUACAAAAAUGGAUUUGGAUGUUCCAAGAACAUUUAGUAAACAAUGUUACAAACAGCUUAUGCAAUUUGGCAGAAUUUAUAUCAAAAGCCGAUUCUGGCUUACAACAACCGGUAGUUGAAGGUGAUUACACUGCAUUAGUAAGUGUAAUGGGAUACUUAUUAAAUGUCAAAGAAAUGCAAGAAAAAACGGAUGCAAUGUUCGAUCCAUUGGAAGAAACAAUUGAACUAUUGAAAUUCUAUGAUCAGGAUAUACCAGAAGAAGUGAAUGUUUUAUUACAGGAAUUACCUGAACAGUGGCAAAAUACAAAAAAGAUUGCAUUGAAUGUAAAACAACAUGUUGCACCAUUACAAGCAGCUGAAGUUAUAUGCAUUAGACGCAAAAUUGUGGAAUUUGAAGCACGGGUGGUAUAUUAUCGUGAAGUUUUUAAACGAUAUGAAUUCAUGAAGUUUACUUGUGAAAAUCCAUAUUAUUUAAUGAAUCGUACAAGUGGUGAUAUUGAUCGUUUUGAAAAAGAAAUGCGUGACAUACAACAAUCAGCGUCGCUGUUUGAAAUAACAGCACCAGAAUUCAAACUGUUAAAACAAUGUCGAAAAGAAUUAAAAAUGUUAAAGCAAUUAUGGGACUAUGCAUUUAUAGUACAUACAAGUGUUGAAAACUGGAAAACAACUCCAUGGCGUAAAAUUGAUGUUGAAAAUAUGGAUAUUGAAUGUAAAAAGUUUGCAAAAGACAUACGCUUAUUAGAUAAGGAAAUGAGAACAUGGGAUACAUUUAUUAAAUUAGAGUCUAAAGUUAAAAAUAUGUUAACAUCCUUGAAGGCUGUUGGUGAGUUGCAAAAUCCAGCUAUACGUGAACGUCAUUGGAUACAAUUAAUGAAAUCAACAAAGAAUUUAACUUCAUUGCCUCCAAAAUAUACAGUUGAAUUUAUAAUGGGAGAACAAACAACAUUAGCUGAUUUGCUGGCUUUAAAUUUACACGAAUGCGAAGAAGAUGUUAAAAAUAUUGUUGAUAAAGCUGUUAAAGAAAUGUCUAUGGAAAAAUACUUACGUGAAUUAAAUAUUACAUGGUCAACCAUGGCAUUUGAACAAGAAUUGCAUUUACGUACUGGAUGUACACUAUUACGAGCGAGUGAAGAAUUGAUUGAAACAUUAGAAGAAAAUCAAGUACAAUUACAAAAUUUAAUAACAUCAAAGUUUAUUGCCCAUUUCUUAACCGAGGUUUCCGAAUGGCAACAAAAAUUAUCAAUUGCCGAUCAAGUUAUUACUAUUUGGUUUGCUGUACAACGCACAUGGAUGCAUUUAGAAUCAAUAUUCAUGAGUUCGGAAGAUAUUCGUAAACAAUUGCCUGAAGAUUCUGAACGAUUUGAUAAUAUUGAUCGUGAAUUUAAGGUUUUAAUGAUAGAAAUGGCAAAAACUACAAACGUUGUUGAAGCUACAAACAAACCAGAUUUAAAAGACCAAUUAGAUGUUUUACAAAAAGGCUUGAUAUUAUGCGAGAAAGCAUUAGCAGAAUAUUUGGAAACAAAACGUUUGGCAUUCCCACGAUUCUACUUUAUAUCUUCAGCAGACUUGUUAGAUAUUUUAUCUAACGGAAAUCAACCAUUAUUAGUAGCUAGACAUUUAACAAAACUCUUCGACUCAAUUGCAAAACUUAAGUUUGUAGAAAGUGAAGAGAAUAAAGAUAGUCAAUUUGCCUUAGGAAUGAUUGCAAAAGAUGGUGAAUAUGUUGACUUUGACGUAAAAUGUGAUUGUUCGGGACCUGUUGAAGUUUGGUUAAAUAGAGUACAACAUUCAAUGCGUUCAUCAAUUCGUAACUAUUUUUCGGAAGCAGUUGUAGCAUAUGAAGAAAAACCUCGUGAUCAAUGGUUAUUUGAUUAUCCAGCUCAAAUUUCACUUUGUGGCACUCAAAUAUGGUGGAGUACAGAAGUGAAUUGUGCGUUUGCCCGUUUAGAAGAGGGCUAUGACAAUGCUAUACGAGAUUAUUAUAAGAAACAAAUAUCACAAUUGAGCACAUUAAUUUCAUUGUUACUUGGUGAACUAUCUAAACAAGAUCGACAAAAGAUUAUGACUAUUUGUACAAUUGAUGUACAUUCCAGAGAUGUUGUGAGUAAACUAAUAUCAGCGAAAGUUGAAUUUGCUUCAGCAUUUCAAUGGCAAUCCCAACUUCGUCAUCGUUGGGAUGAGAUUGAAAAAGAUUGCUUUGCAAAUAUCUGUGAUGCGCAAUUUGCUUACUCACAUGAAUAUCUAGGAAAUACUCCACGUUUGGUCAUCACGCCUCUGACAGAUCGUUGCUAUAUCACUUUAACGCAGUCGCUUCAUUUAAUAAUGGGUGGAGGACCAGCUGGGCCUGCUGGUACUGGUAAAACUGAGACUACAAAAGAUCUAGGAAGAGCACUUGGUAUUAUGGUAUAUGUAUUUAAUUGCUCUGAACAAAUGGAUUAUCAGUCAUGUGGAAAUAUAUAUAAAGGUUUAGCCCAGACUGGGGCAUGGGGUUGUUUUGAUGAGUUCAAUCGAAUUACAGUCGAAGUAUUGUCUGUGGUUGCUGUUCAAGUGAAAUCUGUACAAGAUGCAAUCAGAGACAAAAAGAAAAUAUUUAAUUUCAUGGGAGAGCAUAUUGCAUUAGUACCGUCUGUAGGAAUAUUUAUAACGAUGAAUCCUGGCUAUGCUGGUAGAACUGAAUUGCCAGAAAAUUUAAAAGCAUUAUUUAGACCAUGUGCAAUGGUUGUUCCAGAUUUUGAACUAAUUUGUGAGAUUAUGUUGGUAGCAGAGGGCUUUCAAGAAGCUAGAAUUCUAGCCAGAAAAUUUAUUACAUUAUACACACUUUGCAAGGAACUUCUAUCAAAGCAAGACCAUUACGAUUGGGGUUUACGUGCAAUAAAAUCUGUUUUAGUGGUUGCUGGGUCGCUAAAGAGAGGUGACCACGAACGGCCUGAAGAAGAGGUAUUAAUGCGAGCCUUACGCGAUUUUAACAUACCGAAAAUAGUAACUGAUGAUAUGCUGGUAUUUAUGGGUUUAAUUGGUGAUUUAUUUCCAGCAUUAGAGGUGCCUAGAAAACGCGAUUUGGAUUUUGAAAAAACCGUGAAACAGGCCACUAUCGAUUUAUUAUUACAACCCGAAGACAACUUUAUUUUAAAAGUUGUACAGUUAGAAGAACUUUUAGAAGUAAGGCAUUCGGUUUUUAUUGUUGGUAGUGCUGGCACCGGUAAAACAGAAGUAUGGAAAGUAUUAUUCAAAACUUAUCAAAAUUUACGUAGAAAGCCUGUGUUUAAUGAUUUAAAUCCAAAAGCGGUAACGAACGAUGAAUUGUUUGGAAUCAUUAAUCCUGCAACUCGCGAAUGGAAAGAUGGUUUACUGUCAGUAUUGAUGAGAGAUCAAAGUAACUUAAGUGGCGAUAGUCCAAAAUGGAUUAUUUUAGAUGGUGACAUAGAUCCAAUGUGGAUUGAGUCAUUGAAUACAGUUAUGGAUGAUAAUAAAGUAUUAACUUUAGCUAGUAAUGAGAGAAUAGCACUUACAUCAGCCAUGCGAUUAAUUUUUGAAAUUUCAAAUUUACGAACUGCAACUCCUGCUACUGUUUCGCGUGCAGGCAUUCUGUAUAUUAAUCCUCAAGAUCUCGGAUGGAAUCCAUUUGUUACAAGUUGGGUUGAAACACGUACAAAUCAACAUGAAAAAUCAAAUUUGGUAAUGUUAUUUGAUAAAUAUAUUCCUGCAUGUCUUGAAGCAAUUCGAACGCGUUUUAAAAAAAUAACGCCAAUUGCAGAAAUGGCACAUGUUCACAUGCUGUGCCAUUUAUUAGAAUGUUUACUUACCGAUGAAAAUACUCCAGGCGAUUGUUCGAAGGAUUGGUACGAGUUGUAUUUCGUAUUUGCUUGUGUGUGGGCAUUUGGUUCGGCAAUGUUCCAAGAACAGUCUGUAGAUUAUCGCGUUGAAUAUACCAAAUGGUGGAUAAAUGAAUUUAAAUCUGUUAAAUUUCCAUCCGAAGGGACAGUUUUUGACUAUUAUAUAGAUACCGAAACGAAAGCAUUCACACCAUGGACAGAAAAAUUACCUAAAUUUGAAUUAGAUUCUGAUAUGCCUUUACAAGCCGUAUUAGUUCAUACUUCCGAAUCAAUACGUAUCCGUUACUUUUUGGAUUUACUUAUGGAGAAGAAACAUCCAGUUAUGUUAGUUGGUAUAGCUGGUUGUGGAAAAACGGUUUUAGUUAAUGAAAAAUUAAACAAUUUAUCUGAAAAUUAUGCUGUCUCAAAUAUACCUUUUAAUUUUUACACAACAUCAGAAAUGUUACAAAAGAUAAUGGAAAAAAGUUUGGAAAAGAAAGCUGGUCGAAAUUAUGGUCCACCUGGGAAUAAAAGUUUGAUAUAUUUUAUAGAUGAUAUGAAUAUGCCAGAAGUUGAUUAUUAUGGAACCGUACAACCACAUACAAUAAUUCGUCAGCAUUUAGAUUAUUCUCACUGGUAUGAUCGAAAUAAAUUAUCAUUAAAAGACAUUCAUAACUGUCAAUAUGUAUCGUGUAUGAAUCCAACUUCUGGCUCUUUCACCAUCAAUCCACGUUUACAACGGCAUUUUAGUGUAUUUGCAGUUAGUUUUCCAGGAUCGGAUUCAUUAAGUCUUAUAUAUCAUUCAAUAUUAUCACAACAUUUCAUAAAUGCCGAACAACGUUUUGCACAUAUUGUCACAAAAUUAAGUCUAAAUGUUGUCCAAGCUUCACUUGGUCUACAUACUAAAGUUUCUACGAUAUAUCUUCCGACAUCAAUUAAGUUUCACUAUGUUUUUAACUUAAGAGAUUUAUCGAAUAUAUUUCAGGGUCUACUUUUCAGUACGAAUGAAUGUUUGACAAAUCCAAGUGACAUGGUUCGACUAUGGCUACAUGAAACUCAACGAGUUUAUGGUGAUAAAUUUACAGAUGAGAAAGAUAUAGAUAAUUUCUUGAAAAUGCAAACUGAUAUUGUUAAAAAAAGUUUUGAUGAAUUGGAUGAAGGAGUGAUAUUUGAAAAACCCAAUAUAUAUUGUCAUUUUGCUGGAGGUAUUGGUGAACCGAAAUAUAUGCCAAUUACAAAAUGGGAAACAUUGAAUAAAUUAUUGCAAGAAGCAUUAAUAAGUUAUAAUGAUUUAGUUGCAGCUAUGAAUUUAGUACUAUUUGAAGAUGCAAUGAUGCAUAUUUGCCGAAUAAAUCGAAUUUUGGAAUCGCCAAGAGGUAGUGCUCUAUUAGUUGGAGUUGGAGGUAGUGGAAAACAGUCAUUAUCUCGAGUAGCAGCAUUUAUUUCUAGUUUGGAAGUAUUCCAAAUACAAUUGAAAAAGGGAUAUGGUGUAAAUGAUUUAAAACAUGAAUUAAAUGGAUUAUAUUUGAAAUCAGGUUUAAAGAAUGUUGGAAUUAUGUUUUUAAUGACCGAUGCGCAAGUUCCAAACGAACAAUUUUUAGUAUUAAUUAAUGACAUGUUAUCAACUGGUGAGGUUUCAGACAUGUUUCCAGACGAUGAAGUCGAAAAUAUUAUUGCAGGCGUACGCAAUGAAGUUAAGAGUGCUGGUUUGGUAGAUACCCGAGAGAUAUGCUGGAAAUUUUUUAUUGACCGUGUUCGUAGUCAAUUAAAAGUUGUCUUAUGUUUUUCACCAGUGGGAUCCACUUUAAGAGUACGUUCGCGGAAAUUUCCAGCAAUUAUAAAUUGUACUUCAAUAAAUUGGUUCCAUGAGUGGCCGCAAGAGGCUUUGAUUUCGGUUGCAACACAAUUUUUAACUAAUUUAGAAGAGCUACCGGAUCCUCUUAGGGAGUCUAUAGCUCGUUUUAUGGCCUUUGCUCACACUUCAGUUAAUACCAUGUCAAAACAAUAUUUGCAAAGUGAACGGCGUUAUAAUUAUACCACCCCCAAAUCAUAUCUCGAACAAAUUAGUUUGUAUGCUAAAUUAUUAAAACAAAAAGCGUCUGACUUACAAGGAAAAAUUUUACGAUUAGAAAACGGUUUAGAGAAAUUACGUUCAACAGCUUCUCAAGUUGAUGAUCUAAAAGAAAAAUUAGCUGUUCAAGAAGUUGAAUUGCAAAAGAAAAAUGAAGCAGCUGAUGCUUUAAUUGAAAUUGUUGGCGUUGAAACCGAAAAAGUUCAGUCUGAAAAAGCUUUAGCCGACGAAGAAGAGGAUAAAGUUGGGAUAAUUGCCGAAGAAGUAAGCAAAAAGCAGAAAGAUUGUGAAGCAGAUUUAGUUAAAGCAGAACCAGCGUUAUUUGCCGCUCAAGAGGCUUUGAAUACAUUGAAUAAGGGAAAUCUAACAGAAUUAAAAUCAUUUGGUUCUCCACCAGGAGCUGUUACUAAUGUUACAUCUGCUGUUAUGGUAUUAUUAGCUCCGGCUGGUAAAAUUCCAAAAGACCGAAGCUGGAAAGCAGCCAAAGUUGUCAUGGCUAAGGUUGAUGUAUUUUUGGACGCCCUUAUUAAUUACGACAAGGAAAAUAUCCAUCCAGAAAUUAUAAAAGCAAUCCAACCAUAUUUAAAAGAUCCAGAAUUUCAACCGGAUUUUGUAAGAACAAAAUCUGGGGCGGCUGCUGGUUUAUGUGCUUGGGUUAUUAAUAUUAUACGAUUUUAUGAAGUGUUUUGUGAUGUAGAACCUAAAAGGAAAGCGUUGCACGCUGCAAAUAUGGAGUUAGCUGCAGCUCAAGAUAAGUUAGCUGGCAUAAAACGAAAAGUGGCUUCUCUGGAAGAACAACUCUCAAAACUUACAGCUGAUUUCGAAAAAGCAACCACAGAAAAGAUGUUAUGUCAACAAGAGGCUGAUGCUACAACGGCAACUAUUCAAUUAGCUAAUAGAUUAGUUGGAGGUUUAGCUAGUGAAAAUGUUCGUUGGGCUGAAGCUGUUAACAAUUAUAAUCAACAAGGAAAGACUCUUCCAGGUGAUGUUUUACUAGUUACUGCAUUCAUUUCGUAUGUGGGUUGUUUUACUAAACAAUAUCGACUUGAUUUACAAAUUAAAAUGUGGCUUCCAAAUAUAAAAACUGCUGAUCCACCAGUUCCAAUUACAGAAGAUCUGGAUCCAUUAUGUUUACUGACAGAUGAAACUACUAUUGCAAUGUGGCAAAAUGAAGGUUUACCAAGUGAUCGAAUGUCCACUGAAAAUGCUACGAUUUUAACAAAUUCUGAUCGUUGGCCUUUAAUGAUAGAUCCUCAGCUUCAAGGUGUGAAAUGGAUUAAACAAAAAUAUGGAGAAGAAUUGAAAGUUAUUCGGCUUGGACAAAAAGGUUACUUAGAUACAAUUGAGAAAGCCAUUACAAGUGGGAAAACUGUACUAAUAGAAAAUAUCGAUGAAAAUGUUGAUCCUGUAUUAGAUUCGUUAUUAGGAAGAUAUUUAAUUAAAAAGGGAAAGGCAAUAAAAAUUGGUGACAAAGAAAUUGAAUAUAAUUCCAAUUUUCGAUUAAUAUUACAAACGAAACUAGCAAAUCCACAUUACAAACCUGAAAUGCAAGCUCAAACAACUCUGAUAAAUUUUACGGUAACUCGUGAUGGUCUCGAAGAUCAGUUAUUGGCUGAAGUAGUAAAAGCUGAACGUCCAGAUUUAGAAGAGUUAAAAGCAGAAUUAACUGUUCAACAAAAUAAAUUUAAGAUAAUGUUAAAAACUUUAGAAGAUGAUUUAUUGUCACGAUUGAGUUCAGCCGGUAGUAAUUUACUAGGCGAUACUGCAUUAGUUGAAAAUUUAGAAACUACAAAACGAACUGCAGCUGAAAUUGAAGAAAAAGUUAUAGAAGCAAAAGCUACAUCGUUAAAAAUUGAUCAAACUCGUGAAAAUUAUCGACCAGCCGCUGCCAGGGCUAGUCUGUUAUAUUUUAUUUUGAAUGAUUUAAAUUCAAUUAAUCCGAUUUAUGUGUUUUCAUUAAAAGCUUUUAGUGUAGUUUUUCAAAAAGCAAUUGCAAAAGCAAUACCUGCCGAAGCUGUAACUGAACGGAUAGCAAAUCUUACUGAUUGCAUAACGUAUUCUGUGUUUCAAUAUACUACCCGUGGACUGUUUGAAUGCGACAAAUUAAUAUUUUCUACACAGAUGACAUUUCAGAUUCUAUUGAUGAAUGAAGAAAUUGCAGGGCCGGAUUUAGAUUUUCUUUUACGUUUUCCAAUUAAACCGCACGUAACAUCACCCGUAGAUUUUCUUUCAAAUACUAGCUGGGGUGGUAUUUGUAGUCUAUCGAGUAAAGAUGAUUUUCGUAAUUUAGAUCGUGAUAUUGAAACAUCAUCUAAGCGGUGGAAAAAACUUAUUGAAUCUGAAUGUCCAGAACGUGAAAAAUUACCCACUGAAUGGAAAAAUAAAACUGCUAUUCAGCGUUUAUGCAUGAUGCGUGCAUUACGUCCAGAUCGCAUGACUCAUGCUAUUGCAGCUUUUAUUGAAGAAAAAUUAGGUGCUAAAUAUGUUGACUUUCGUACUUUGGAAUUUGCUAAGUCGUAUGAAGAAACCAGUCCAUCAACUCCAAUAUUUUUUAUUCUAUCACCUGGAGUAAAUCCUUUAAAAGAUGUUGAAACUUUAGGUCGGAAAUUGGACUUUACUUUAGAUUUAGGAAAUUUCCAUAAUGUAUCUUUGGGUCAAGGCCAAGAAGUGAUUGCUGAAGGUGCUAUGGAUACAGCAUCAGUGAAUGGACAUUGGGUUAUUUUACAAAACAUACAUUUGGUUAAAAAAUGGCUACCAAAUUUAGAGAAGAAAUUAGAGCACUAUGCAGAAAUUUCUCAUGAAAAUUAUCGAGUAUUUAUGAGUGCAGAACCCGCAAGCAAACCAACAGCACACAUUAUCCCACAGGGAAUUUUAGAAUCAUCUAUUAAAAUAACUAACGAACCACCAACAGGAAUGCAAGCUAAUUUGCAUAAAGCCUUAGACAAUUUUAAUCAGGAAACUCUCGAACAAUGUACAAAAGAAGCUGAAUUUAAGGUUAUAUUAUUCGCUCUAUGCUAUUUUCAUGCAGUUGUUGCUGAGCGUCGGAAAUUCGGCCCUCAAGGAUGGAAUAAGAUUUACCCGUUUAACGUAGGAGAUUUAAAUAUAAGUGUUUCUGUUACCUUCAACUAUUUGGAAGCGAACACUAAAGUACCAUGGGAAGACUUAAGAUACCUGUUUGGUGAAAUUAUGUAUGGUGGUCAUAUUACAGACGACUGGGAUCGUCGUUUAUGUAUUUCGUAUUUAGAAGAACUUAUGCGUCAAGAUCUGGUUGAUGGUGAAUUACAGUUAGCUCCAGGCUUUCCAGCACCCCCAAAUACAGAUUAUGUUGGAUUUCAUUGUUAUAUCGAUGAAGCUAUGCCUCCGGAAUCGCCUAUAUUAUACGGAUUACAUCCAAAUGCAGAAAUAGGUUUUCUCACAACUACAUCUGAGAAUUUAUUCCGUACAGUAUUUGAAAUGCAACCACGUGAUGCUUCUGCUGGUGCUGGCGCAACAAUCACCAGAGAAGAUAAGGUGAAACAAAUAUUAGAUGAAAUAAUUGAAAAACUGCCAGAUGAAUUCAAUAUGGCAGAAAUAAUGGCUAAAGUAGAAGAACGUACUCCUUACGUGAUUGUUUCAUUCCAAGAGUGUGAACGAAUGAAUUAUUUAACGAACGAAAUAAAACGAUCUUUAAAAGAGUUAGAUUUAGGAUUAAAGGGAGAAUUAACAAUUACGUCAGACAUGGAAGAUUUACAAAACGCAUUAUUUUUGGAUCAAGUACCCCCUGUGUGGUCUUCAAGAGCAUAUCCAUCUUUGCUCGGGCUAACUUCAUGGUUCGCUGAUUUAUUACUCCGUAUUCGUGAAUUAGAAACAUGGACAACUGAUUUCGUACUUCCAGCAUCAGUUUGGUUAGCCGGAUUUUUUAAUCCUCAAUCUUUGUUGACGGCUAUAAUGCAAAGUACGGCUCGUAGAUUUGAACUGCCAUUAGAUAAAAUGUGUUUACAAUGUGAUGUGACCAAAAAACAAAAGGAGGAAUUCACCACGGCUCCUCGAGAUGGUGCUUAUAUUCAUGGAUUAUUUAUGGAGGGUGCACGUUGGGAUAUAAAUACUGGAGUAAUUGCUGAAUCUCGGUUAAAGGAUUUGUUUCCUGCUAUGCCUGUGAUGAACAUUAGAGCAAUAACACAAGAUAAGCAAGAGUUACGAAGCAUGUAUGAAUGUCCUGUUUACAAAACGCGUCAACGUGGACCAACGUAUGUAUGGACGUUCAACCUUAAAACAAAAGAUAAACCUUCAAAAUGGACAUUAGCCGGGGUAGCAUUACUUCUGCAAGCUUAAUGUAGUUCUAACAUAAAUUACUUUACCUUACCAUUAUUAAAUAGUUUUAGCGUAAAUUACUUUGCCAUGACAUAUAUAUUUAAAAAAUAUAUACUUAGUAGCCGUUAAUUUAUAAAGAAACACUACCACAGAAUAUUCCUAAUUGCCUUCUUGACCCCCCUUUCCAUAACACCAAAUAAGCUUUCAGUCUGAACUCGGCCUUCGGCAUCAGUGCUCAUACAUAGCUCAAAAUAUGGCAUGGCCAAUAUUAUGGAAUUUGGUAGAGCAUAAAGAAAGAUCAAAGACGAAAGAAGGAGGUCAAAGACAGAGAAAAUUAAGGAGCUCGCAAUGUGGUAUUUAGUCCCGCCUAUUUACAACCUCUUUUGGUAUUCUGAAGAAAAGGCGGGAAUAUUAAUUAGUUAAUGUUGUUAUUAGAAAAGAUUG